AUGUUCAUGGUGGAUUUUAGUUCAACUGGGACUAGCUUUGACUUUGGAGCACUUCGUUUGGUGGGGUGUGUUCUCAUUUUCCGUGGGUUGGGCGGCUUCUUAGGGGUUUUUGGUGCUGCUACGAUUUGUGAUUUUGUUCUCUUUCUCUGCGGUAGUCACCGUGUUCUCGUGAUUGGUAUUCGCUUAAUGAUUUCUAAGGUCGUAAUAGCAAUCUCUGUUUUGGGGGGAGGGGUUGUUAUGAUUGUGUGUUUUCAUGUUCUGUUGAGCUACUGGGGAAUUGUUGAUGUGGUGGUGAAAAUGAUGUAUGGGGAGUAG